AUGAGAUCACUUGCGGUCUUUUCGUGGCUUUUCUUGAUCCCCAUUUACACACUUUUCCUAAUUAGCAUUUCUGUCUUUGGCGUGUCUGGCCAAUGUUUCGGCAAUCAGCAGUCUUUGUUGCUGCAAUUGAAGAACAACCUUACAUUCGAUCCUGAUCUGUCCAUCAAACUUGUUAAGUGGAAUCAAAGUGUUGAUUGCUGUUCUUGGGAAGGUGUAACCUGUCAUGAGGGACGUGUUAUUGGUCUCGACCUGAGCAGUGAAUUCUUCUCGGGUGAAAUUGACGAUUCAAGCAGCCUCUUCAGUCUUCAACAUCUCCAGAGCCUGAAUUUGGCUUACAACUACUUCCUCGCUUCUCUGAUUCCAUCACAGUUUGACAAGCUGGCAAAUUUGAGGUAUUUGAAUCUAUCAAAUGCUGGUUUUGCAGGGCAAAUUCCUAUUGCAAUUUCGCGUUUAACAAGGUUGGUUACUCUUGAUUUAUCUUGCAAAUAUUACUUAUGUGCAUGGGAUUCAUGGGAAACUCCUUCCCUGACACUUGGGAAUCCAAAUUUAAAUAUACUCCUUCGGAACCUUUCGGAGCUUAUGGAACUUCAUCUUGAUACUGUAACUAUAUCAGCGCAAGGUAAGGAGUGGUGUCAGGUUUUAUCAUCUUCGUUGCCAAAUUUGAGAGUGUUGAGCUUGUCAUACUGCAAUCUUUCAGGCCCUAUUGAUUCAUCGUUACGGAACCUUAAGUCCCUCUCAAUUAUUCGUUUGAAUGGUAACGACUUUUCUUCCCCAGUUCCAAAUUUUUUUGCAGAUUUCAAAAAUCUGACAUCUUUGGAAGUCCGCUUUUCUAGGUUGAAUGGAACAUUUCCAAAAAAAAUCUUUCAGGUUCCAACGCUACAAACUCUUGACUUAUCAGCCAAUGAUUUGCAAGGUUCUUUGCCAGAAUUUCCUCCAAAUGGAUCUCUUCAAACCAUGGUGCUUAGCGAUACAAAUUUUUCUGGGACAUUGCCAAAUUCUAUUGGCAAUCUUAAAAUGUUGUCAACAAUAAAUAUUCAGAAUUGCAAUUUCAGUGGAUUAAUUCCAGACUCAAUGGCGAGCCUCACACAAUUGGUCUAUUUGGACAUGUCAUCGAACCUAUUUAGUGGAUCAAUUCCAGACUCAUUGGCGAGCCUCACACAAUUGGUCUAUUUGGACAUGUCAUCGAACCUAUUUAGUGGAUCAAUUCCAGACUUAUUGGCGAGCCUCACACAAUUGGUCAAUUUGUACUUGUCAUGGAACAUGUUUAAUGGAUCAAUUCCAGUAUUUAGCAUGACCAAGAAUCUAACCCACCUAGACCUUUCUUCCAAUAAUCUUACUGGUCCGAUUACUUCCACUCAGUGGGAAGAACUUUUGGAUUUGGAAUAUCUUUUAUUGAUUAAAAAUUCACUGAAUGGGAAUAUUCCAGUUUCUUUGUUUUCCCUUCCAUCAUUGGACUUGUUAGGACUCUCGUCCAACAAAUUUUCUGGUCAACUCAAAGAAUUUUCCAAUGUUUCUUCUGACAUAGGAAAACGUAUUUUUUUGGAUGACAACCAGUUGGAAGGACCAAUACCCAUGUCUAUCUUUGAACUUCGAGAUCUUGAAUACCUAUCACUUGGUUCAAACAAAUUUAACUCCCUGGACCUUAGUGUGAUUCAGCCAUUAAAAAAUCUUCACUACCUUGAUCUUUCUCACAUCAACUUGUUGACUGAAUAUAACGGUUUAACCUUUCGUUAUCCUCGGUUCAUCUUCAUACAUUAA